CGUAACGGCAAGUGUUUCGGUGUCUAUGAGUUGGGAAAACCGGUUCUCUAUCUCUCGGAUCCGGAACUCAUUCGCGAGGUUUUGGUCAAAGACUUCCAUAUAUUCACUAAUAGACGGGACGUGACUACAGGUGGCGACCCAUUGAUCGACAAUAUGGUGGACGCCUUACGGGACGACCACUGGAAACGUGUCCGGACUGUCAUAUCCCCCGCUUUCGCGACCGGAAAACUGCGACAAAUGGUUCCCUUAAUCCGUGAAUGUGUCCACACAUUGACCGAUAAUUUAGACAAAAUCAUUGCCGAAAGUAAUGGCGAACUCACGGCACCGGUAGAUAUGAAACAACUGGCGGGCGCCUACGCUAUGGAGGCUAUAAUACAAGUGGCGUUUGGCAGCAAAGUGUCGGCGCUUACCGAUGUUAACCACCCCAUCAUAAAGUAUGUCCGCAAAAUGACUGACCCAGGUGGGUUCAAUUUGACAGCCACCUUGGUCACAUUGGCACCCAAAGUGGCCCAACUCCUACGGAUACCCCUAUACGACACGUCUGUCACCGAGUUUUUCAAAGAGUUUGCGUUGAAAUUAAUUGAUGAGAGAAAACGUGAGACACAAAUGGGAAAGGGAUGCAAAAGAGCGGACUUUUUGCAAUUGAUUUUGAAUGAGAUGUCGGGGCUUAGGGAGGGAUCGAAUGACAAGAAUGUUGGGAGUGAUAGCGAAAAGUAUGGGGAAAUACAGGCGCCCGAUAUGGUUGGCAAGACCAUUACAUACGAUGAGUUGAUAUCGCAAUGCGUGGCCUUUCUAUUAGUGGGUUACGAGACCACUGCUACCGCCCUAUCCCUAUGUCUCUAUCAUAUCGGUAAACACCCGGAUGUUCAACAAAAAUUGUUUAAUGAAGUUAAAAAGUAUCUUGAACACAUUAAAUCAGACACUGAUUCGUACGACACAUUAGGGUCACUAAAAUACAUGGACGCAGUCGUCGCAGAAACCCUACGCCUAUUCCCCGCCACUGUGUCCACGGAAAGGGAGGCCAACAGGGAUUACACACUACGGGGCACGGGUAUCACCAUUAAAAAGGACCACAUUGUCCACAUUCCUACCUACGCCCUACACAGAGACCCUGAACAUUUCCCUCAACCUGAUGAAUUUAAACCUGAAAGGUUUUUGGCUGACAAAAUCACCCACCACAGUUAUGCUUAUUUGCCAUUUGGGGCCGGACCUCGAAACUGUAUUGGUAUGAGACUGGCACAAACCGAAAUUAAAUUAGCCUUGAUCAAUCUGGUUGAUCAGUAUAAGUUUUACGCUACACAGGUGAGUUUGAUUUACUAUUAA